AUGGAAGACCCUGGCGCUCCCGCUCUCCGCUUCAUUGACGCCAUGGAGGAGCGUAUGGUGCAAUGGAUGCGCGAUCGCGAGACCAUCAAGUCGCCCCUUGUGACGUACCGAGCGCAAACGACAGCCCUGGAGGACAUGAUUCGAAAUGAGUUCGCGCGCAUACCGCCAAACCCGAGCCCCCAAGACUACUCUGCGGCUACAAAGAACACAAUAAACUUCGGUGCCCAAUUGAGGGACCUGCAACUCAAGCAUGAUGCUACUAUCGACGACGCCGAAAGUAAUUACGUUCUGGCAUUGUACGCACACAUCAAAACCUUCUAUACACACAUGUUCAAUGUAAUGGAGCUGGGCGCCUUGGAAGAGCUAUUCGAGGAAUACAAACAGAAUGUGUCAAAGGAAUCGAAACCUCCCCCCAAAAACCUCCCUGUCGCAGGAGAGUCCACAGAAGAGGAGAGCACCCAGCUGCAAGAGAAUGCGCUCCCGGAAGAGAGCGUGCAGCUAGAUGAGGCUACUGAACCUCAAGAACCUCCCCAGCCGCAGGAGACCACACAGCGAGACGAGAGUACGCAGUUGGCAAUUGAUCACACCCCCACACACCCAGAUGUUCAAGUUCCUGACACCAGCGAACAAGAACCUGAUGUCAACAUGCAAGAAACAGAUCCCCAAGAGCUUGAUGAAGUGCAACCCCGACCCACGCCUGCCAGUCCCGCCAAAAGAAGACGAUCCGCAGUGGCAGACUCUCAUGAGCCAUCGAAGCGUGCGAGGACAGGCCGAACACGACCUUCGGACUCGGAGAGAGUCAUUGAUUUUGAUGAUGUAUUCCAAAAUGGCAAAGCCGCCACGAAGCACAUCAUCGUGAAUAACAAUGGCGAGUGGUAUAUUCUUGUGUGCGAGGAGCACGACAUGGUCUUCACCACAAACAGACCUACCAGGGGUGCUGGCGUACACCUCGACAGCGAAGCCCACGGUCGAAUGGGACGGAGCGAGCAGCAGGCUAUUGACCGCCUCGGUAUUCGCGUUCGAGACUGCAACACAUCUCGCGCAAAUCGGAACAACGAGGUCACCCGCGAGGCGUUCAAACAUGGCCACCAAAAUCCGAAGAAGGCCAGGGUGUUCCAGCGAGAAUUGUCCCAGCACUCAGACGACUCAGACGCAUUCCGGCCCACGAGAUCCUCGAGGAAUGAAGAAUCGUCAAACGCGAAUUCCACAAGCCGAAGAACUCGAGGAGAGUUUGUGGGCGUUGUUGAUCCAAUACCCGGCGAGAUCUAUCUCGGAUACUACAACCAGUGGUACGCCGUUCUCGUUCUUCCAAGUGUGGCCGUUGAGGGAGCGGUUUAUACCGGUCUACCGGGGACCAUCCAGGACAAGGACAUGGACUUCAUGGAUGAUGUACCGCAGUGUUUCGUUGUCGACCCGGAUACCGGCGCUCUGAAAUGGCAGAAAGGCUAUGAAGACGGCGGGAAGUCCGUCACUGAACGGCAGUUUCCAGCCGUUUUCUUCGACGUCGCAGACUUUUCGAAUAAAAACUCCAUCGCUUGGCUCCCAGCGAAAGAUCUUAGAGCCAUGGAUGUCCAUGGCCCUGAGCUCAAGCUCGUACCGAAUUCGAAAUCAGUUCUGAAGUAUUUGGAGACUCGUUCCAACAACAAGACCGACGAGGCAAGAGCUGAAAUUCCGGAGCCCAUGGAUCUUGAGGAUCGUCCGAGAGACACGAGCGCCGUGAAUAUGGGGAACUGCGAGGAUAUCACCAACGAGGCGAACCAGCCCACGCAAGAACAGGACGGGAAAUCGGGCUGUGUUCCGCCCGACAUGGAUCAAAAUGACUCCAGAGAAGACGAUCAAGGGGAGCAUGAAGAUCUCAGCUCCUCUCCGCUUCCUCCUCUCAUGGAGAUGAGCCCGCCGGAAUCCCCUCCAAGAAGCGACUGGGCACCCGAGUUGACCGAUGACCGAUCGGAUCCACUGCCAAAUGACGUCCCGCUCUCUUACAAAAACGUCGAGUCUCUUCCAGAGGCUCGUGAGGUUUCCGAAGGCACGUCGAUUGGUGGAUUGUUCAGAUCGUUCACGAAUGAAGAUGACUUUGGCUACGAGCCCAAGCUGGAUCAACCGAAGUUCCAGGGGUAUCAGGCUCCGAGCGUUGUGUCCAUAAGCAGCGGAUCUUCGAGCCGAUCAAGUUCUGCGCCUCCGGCAGAAGCUCCUCCACCUCCAAUCUCAGCAGUGCCCGAGAUGGCUACAGUCCCCUCGGCUCCUCCAGUUCCAGUCAAAGGUAACCAAGAGAAGGGCCAGCCUGCACUGACCAACCAUACCCACUUGAUACAAGCGGCGAGAGAAACGCUGAAAAUGGGAGGGCUGUCUUCGGAGGACAACUUCCAGAGCUCAAGACCAGGGGACAGAGUCUACUCAGCUGCUGCCACCUCACCACCAGGCGCCCCGGAGACGAGAAAAGAACCAGUUAACCAACAACCAAUCCAAAGAACUCUAUUGAAAGCACCGCCCCGAGCAGCUCAAGAACAGGUGGUUGUAACGCAGGUCACCGUGCAGCCUCCAAAGACUUACGACGAGUUUUUCGCCAAUACUGCGGGGGGUAGGAAAGGUGAUGCGACCACUGCUGCACCUAUUCCCAGACACCAGACCUCCGUCCAUCGAAAGAAAAGCAUUUCAAUACAUACGGCGGCAACAGUACACCAGAACAUCCAACUGGGCCCACAUCCGCCGCCUGGUUUCUUGCCUGCUCGAAGACCAGGCUUUUUCCUCCCUUCCCCGAAGGAGCUCAACGCAAGCUUGAUGAGCCCAACCACAAACCGCCUACCUCCCCUAAAUCCCGGACCACCUGAUCAUUCUAUGCCGGUGUCCUUUUCCCAGCCGCCUUUACCAGGUUUCACGCCCGUUAUGAACUAUGCGGCACCCCUGUUGCGUCCUGACGUUGGAUCGAGGCCAACUCCUCAGUUGCCAUUCCCAAACAUGCAAGCGGGACCAGGUCAACAUCCACGGUCUUUUCACAACCAACCUCUCAACGGGCAGCAGCUCAAGGCAUCCGGGAUGGCCCCAAUCCUGCCUUCGCCGACUUUGUCACCACAGCAGUCUCAGCAUGGACAAGCGCGCCAAGAUUUCCCACAACGUCAUGCACCGCCGAGUAUUGAGGCCAAGUUCCCAUGUCCACAUUGUCCCCGUCGAGCUCAUACACGACAAUGGCUGAAUAAGCAUAUAAAAGAUGAGCAUCCCAAUUGCUAG